CGCCCCAACGUUCCACCUUCCGUCACGCGUCUCCCGGGCAACGCGCCUUUGUCUGCGCGCCGGGUGGGCGCAGGGAUUCACUCAGCGUCGGCGCGCUAGCACUCCGACCUUGGCUCGGCCUCUGGCUCCCACUGCCCAGUCGUUCUGGGGCAUGGGAGACUCGGCUGCCCGGCCGUUCAGGCCCUCGGUCACAUGGGAUCUGGGCUCGCCGUCGGUUUCUUCGGCUGCGACCACCAGUUCCCGCACCCACCGGGCCUGGGCCUCCCCGCACCGGCCUCUGGCUCCCACUGCCCAGUCUUUCUCGAUCAUGGGAGACUCGGCUGCCCGGCCGUUCAGGCCCUCGGUCACAUGGGAUCUGGGCUCGCCGUAUGUUUCUUCGGCUGCGACCACCAGUUCCGGCACCCACCGGGCCUCGGCCUCCCUGCACGUUAGAUUGAGCAGCCAACCGGAAACCAACGUAGGGACCCGCCCGCGGGUCAUCUUCCCGCCGCCGCGGAGCGCGCAGCCGCCGGUGUUCUUCAGCUUAAUGAAUUCCAGUGAAGCAGGGGUGAAAAAACUGUUACCCAAGAGCAACUUAUUCCGGGUGAUCACUCGUGACAACCCCAACGCACAGCGAAUCUGUGAGAUGGAGAUAAAAGCCAUAGAGAAGACCAAGAAAAAGACCAGCCAGUUCUAUGACCACCUGAGGAAGAAGUUCAUGACAGACCAGCUCAGGAAGCUGGGGCGCUGGCGGCAGGAAUCCAUGAAAAUCCAGCAGUACCUGGAUAAGCUCCACGUGGAUGAACUCCAGAGUAAAAGGAAAAGCCAGCCACCCUAGUCAAGGGGGAAUAAUCUGCCCCUGGGCCAUGACCUUGCUAGGCUACAGGCAGAGGAAGGGCAGAAGCUAGCCAGCCUACACCAUCAUAGAACAACAAUAAACUGAGACCAGUGGUCAGUACAGCACAAAAGCCCUCGGCAACCGUAAUAUUCCUUGCCCUGCCCCAUCCCAUCUGUUCCGGUGAGGGUGAUCCUGAUGGGCCCGUAGCUGCCUGGUUGGGAGGAAGCUGAAUUGAGCCGGCUUCCAUGGCUAAAGCCAAGAUCGACCUUCGGUACCCAUGUGUCUGAAGUGAGAUGCCAGGCCAAGUGUCCUGGGACAGUGAGUGGUACCUCAGAUGGGAAGGAUUCAGUAAAGGCACUGCCUAGUGGUGAGGGGGUCAAGGUGAGGCAUUGGACAGACCUAGGUUAAGCGCUAUAUCUGCCACCCGUCAGCUGUGUGACUUUGUAACCUCUCUGAGCCUCUGUUUCCUUAUCCAAAACAAUGGGGUGGUAGCCAGGGAACCUGCCUCCAGGAAUUGGUGUGAGGAUGUGGAGGGCUUGGCCCAGGGCCCAUCAUUGCCUAUGGCUCUUAUCGUGAUGGCUCCCUGAUGGCUUCUGGCCUCACCGGUCCCCACUCCCUGGCCUGCCUGCUGUCCCGACUACACCCUGACAAUCCCCACGUUGUACCUUUACAUGCACAGGCCCCUCAUCCAGAAUACCCCUUCAGCGCCCCCCAGGGCUCUCAGGAAUCUCAUCAUCCUUCAAAGCUUAUCUCAAUGCCGUUUUCUGCAAAACUUUUCUGACCUCCUUCUGCUUCCUGCCUGUCCUUCCCCCUCACAUCCAUGGCCUUUGCCACAUGGGUUUCCUCUCCCCUCUGAACUUGGAUUACACAGGGUGGCUUAAUCCUGCCUUGUGUGGUAGCUAUUUGGGC